AUGAUCCGAACCGCACCUAUCCAUAAUCCUCGUAUUCCGUUUGUCGUCGCUGCUCUUGCUUCUCCAUCCCUUAGAACGUGCCUUUCGUUCUCGCGCAAGAAUCCAGGCGUGCGGGUGUCAGGCAGGUUAAGCGCUACCAGAGGAGCAGAAAGAAAGCGAGGUGUUUCUUGCUUCUCGGGUACAAGAGUAUUUUCCUCCAUGGCGCAAGGGCAGCAAGUUGCGGGUAUUGCGGACGAUCGUGUCAGCCUUGGCGAUGACGCGUCGUCGCGCAUCCAGCUCUACUCUUUCGCCACUCCCAAUGGCAUGAAGGUGAGCAUCGCUCUGGAGGAGAUGCAGCUGCCAUACGACGCGCACAUGGUGAACAUAAUGAAGGGCGAGCAGUUCAACCGGGAAUUCAUUGCAAUCAACCCCAACAACAAGAUCCCUGCCAUCGUGGAUCCCAAGGCAGGCCCAGGUGGCACCCCUUUGAAGAUAUUUGAGAGCGGGGCGAUCCUGCUGUAUCUGGCGGAGAAGUCGGGCAAGUUUCUGCCGCAGGAUGCCGUGCAGCGAUGGGAGACCAUUUCCUGGCUCUUCUUCCAAGUGGGCGGCGUUGGUCCCAUGUUCGGCCAGUUCGGCAUGUUUUACAAGUUUGCACGGGAGCAGUGCGACCACCCGUACCCCCUGCAGCGCUACACGGAGGAGACGCGGCGGCUGCUGGGGGUGCUGGAGAAGCGGCUGGAGGGGAGGGAGUUCCUGGUGGAUGCGGGGUACACCAUUGCUGACAUGGCCACCUUCCCCUGGGUCAACUCGCUGCAGGUGUUUUACAAAGCGGAUGACCAGCUGCAUCUGUCGUCCUAUCCUCGGGUUUUGGAGUGGAAGGAUCGUUGCAUGGCGCGCCCUCUCACAGCCAAGGGCAUGCUCGUCUGCUCUGUUGGGCUGAGAUAG